AUGACAAAAGUAAACGACUUUGUGUAUAAAGUGAUUCCCGCUGGUAUUUUUGAUGCUAACUGUACUAUAGUUGGUCACCCGAAGACGGGGAAUUACGUUCUUUGCGAUGUCAGUGGUUCCAGUGAGCAAAUUGUAGCUGAGGCCAAAGGGUUAGGGUUAACCAAGUGUGUUGGUGUUUUUUUCACACACGGACAUUUUGACCACAUUGGUGAUGCAACGAAAAUUAAACAAUUAACUGGAGCGCCACUAUACAUGAACCAAGCAGACCAAAAAUUAUAUGGAGAUGUCAAACGACAGUGCAAAGCGUUUGGUGUUCCAGUAGUGAGUGAGUUAGUCCCUAUUGAUGUCUUUGUGAAAGAAGAUGAUAUAAUAGCAAUUGAUGAUAUGAAAGGUCGCGUCAUACACACACCUGGGCAUUCUCCAGGAUCAGCAUGUUUGUAUUUUGAAGAGUUGGAUCUGUUGAUUAAUGGUGAUACAUUGUUCCGAGGGAGUAUGGGGAGAACAGAUUUGUGGGGUGGGUCUUAUGAACAAAUUGAAGAUUCAAUUAAAAACAAAUUGUUUAAACUCCCUGAGAGAACAGUGGUGAUCACUGGACAUGGCGCUGACACCACUAUUGGCUAUGAAAAAAGAAACAAUAUGAUUAACUAUUAA